UCUACCUGCUGUGUUACUGCUACCGCCGCUGUACAGUUGCUGUAACCGGCGUUUCACUUUCUCCUGGGUCGUGGCUUGGUGCUGGGCCAUAAGGAUCCCCGCGGACUUGGGGAGGCGCUUGACGAGGUAGUUGAACAGCCAGGGGUAGAAGCGACAGGAGGCUAGCUGGACCUUAGCCUUCAGGGAGUAGACGAGCUGACCAACCCAUUCAUGGUAGCGCUGAUUGUCCAGACAGCCGAAAUCUUCACCGAAGCUCAGCUUGCAGACGAUGUCAAAGGUACAGAAGCUGACCCAUUCUUGGAUAUCAAUACUUUGAGUAGCGUCUUGGGUUUGGGCUCGGAGUUGGGUGAUCAUCUUGUCGACGUAGGAGGUCACGAGCGGCUCUUGCACGGUCAGGGCCUGGCUGCUGAAGGCGUCAGCAUAGGCCUUGCGGAGUCGCGUAUGGUCCGCAUCUCCCGCGUCAAGGAUGCUCAUGGGUUGCCCCGGCCGUGGAGCGACCCAUGGUACCGGUACCUUGUUGCCGUUGCGAGUAUCGCGCUUGUGUACUUCAUCACCCAGCCCUGGCUGCGUACUAAGGUCGGCAACGCCGCCUUCAAGGCCCCGUUCGUCGGAAUCCGAUACGCCUGGCUGGCUCGAUUCCAGUUCUUCCUCUCCGCGCAGUCAAUCCUAGAGCAGGGAUACACAAAGUACAAGGACCGACCGUGGAAGCUCACGGGGAAUGAUGUCCUCGUGCUACCACAGAAGUACCUGGAGGAGAUCCGGAAGCUGCCCCCGAACCGGGCAAACGCAAUGAAAGCCAAUCUAGAUAACAUGCAGGGCAAAUAUACCCACCUCGAGGUGCUAAACUCCACGCGGCUCUUUGUCAACGUGCUGAAGUGGAAGGUGAACCCACAGCUGGCGAUCCUGGUGCCAACGGUGCGGAAGGAGCUGGACGCGGCCUUUGCGCACGAGCUGCCCCCAACGAUUAACGAGGAAGAAUGGACGAGCGUGCCAGCCUUUCACACGCUCCACCGCAUUGUCGGCCGCAUCUCGGCGCGCAUCUUCGGUGGGCGCGAGCUGCGCGACGACAACCGCUGGGUUGCCUCGGCCGAGGGCUACCUCAACAACAUCUUCAUUACGGCCAUAUCCAUUCGCCUCGUACCCUCCGGGCUCAAGACAAUUGCCUCCUGGCUUCUCCCGUGCUCGUGGGAGAUCUCGUGGAGGUUCUGGCGAGCUAAGCGUAUCCUACUGCCCUAUAUCCGCUACCGGAAGCAGAUCUACGCUGAGCGCCGCGAUGAGAUCGAGCGCAAGGGCAAAUCCGAGUUCCCGGACGUGCUCCAGUAUCUUAUCGAGGCUGCCGAGGGGAAAGAUGCCGAGCCCCUGCGGCUGGCCUCCAUGGUGCUCGCCCUCUCCCUCGCCUCCAAUCAUACCACUGCCAUGGCCCUGACGGAAACCCUGUACGACCUGUGCGCCUACCCAGAGUACCAGGAUGAGCUGCGCCAGGAGGUCCUGGAAGCCCUGGACAGCGAUGGUGGAUGGAAGAAGACCACCCUCCUCCGUAUGCGCAAACUCGAUAGUUUCAUGAAGGAAUCCCAACGAAUGAACCCCCCGAGCCUCAUGGGCUAUAAACGUCAAUUCACCGACUCAAUCGACCUCAGCGAUGGCCUACACCUCCCAGCUGGCACGCAUAUCGAAUUCCCGAUCGUCCCGAUCCAGCAGGACAGCGUGGAGAACCCGACGCGGUUUGACGGGCUGCGCUACUACCGGCUGCGCCAGAACCCCGGCGAGACCUACCGCCACCAGUUCGCCACAACCAGUCCCACAAGCCUACAUUUCGGGCACGGACAGAACUCCUGCCCGGGGCGGUUCAUGGCCUCGAACGUCAUCAAGAUGGUCCUCGGCACGCUGCUGACCGAAUUCGAGUUCAAACUGCAGGAGCCGGGACGUCCCAAAGGGUUGAACCCGUUCGAAUUCAACUUCCCCAGUCAUACUGCGCGACUGAUGCUGCGCCGGCGGCGUCAGACAGGAGAGGUGUAA